GUGUUGGAGCAAUUUAUGAGUGAAAUGAAAGGUUUGAGUUUAGACGUGAGAGGAAAAGUUAACCUGCAAUUAUUUCACUGUUAGAACGUUAGUAGCACUAUUGCUACCUUUGCUAUUGCUGAAUUCAGCCUUGAGUGUGUGGCGGUUAUUAGAUAUAAUUUUUGCACAUUGUAUUUAAUUUUUUCAAUUAUGUCUGAGUCUCAAGAAAUUUUAUUACAAAAAAUCAAAGAACAGGGUGAUCUUGUAAGAAAAUUAAAAGCAACUAAGGCAUCAAAUGAUAAGGUUAAGACGAACAAAAAUCCCUAUGGAGAUCUCGAGCAAUUAAAUAAACAUCUGUCUCAAUUUAGUUACGUAUGUGGCUACAUGCCUUGUAAAAUUGACGUAGAAACACAUAGUAGUUUAGAUAGUAAAAUAGAUUUUCAAAAAUACCCUUACAUAAAGAGAUGGUGGUACCAUAUGCGGAGUUUCAAUGACUCUGAGAGAUCUCAACUACCAGAAAGAUAUUCAAAUUGUAUGAUAAGUAAAAUAAAUAAUGAAAAAAGUAUCGAUCUCCAGAUUCAAGAGGAGGUGUCAAAGUUACUGGCUUUAAAAGCUCAGUUAGGCUCCGAAGAUGCAGCACCAUCAAAGUUUGUUCUUAAGACUGCAAAAGGGACAAGGGACUACAAUCCUCAGCAGAUGACAAUUCGUAAUAAUGUGUUGCAAAAAAUUAUCACUGUGUUUAAGAGACAUGGUGCUGAAUGUAUUGAUACUCCAGUUUUUGAAUUGAAGGAUGUCCUAACAGGAAAGUAUGGUGAAGAUUCAAAGCUGAUUUAUGAUUUAAAAGACCAGGGUGGAGAGAUUUUGUCUCUAAGAUAUGACUUAACAGUACCUUUGGCCAGAUACUUGGCCAUGAACAAGAUAAAUACUCUGAAAAGGUACCACAUUGCUAAGGUGUACAGGAGAGAUAAUCCAGCUAUGACAAGGGGGAGGUACAGGGAGUUCUAUCAAUGUGAUUUUGAUAUUGCUGGUCAAUAUGAUUUGAUGGUGCCGGAUUCUGAAUGUCUUAAAGUAGUCACUGAGAUAUUGGACGCCUUAGAUAUUGGAAAGUAUGUCCUCAAGGUUAAUCACAGACGAUUGCUUGAUGGGAUGUUUGACGCUUGUGGUGUACCAGAUGAUAAGUUCCGCUCCACUUGUUCAACUGUUGACAAACUUGAUAAGGCGCCCUGGGAAGAAGUUCGCACAGAAAUGAUCAAUGAAAAAGGUGUUGCACCUGAUGCAGCCGAUCGUAUUGGAGAAUAUGUGCGAUUGAAUGGUGGCAUUGAAUUAGUUGAAAAACUUUUACAAGAUGAAAAAUUAACUAAGUCUAAAGGAGCGGUUGAAGGUCUCGAAGGAAUAAAACUACUUCUGCAUUAUUGUGAACUUCUCGGAAUAAAAGAUAAAAUAUUGUUUGAUUUGAGCCUUGCAAGAGGCUUGGAUUAUUAUACUGGUGUUAUUUAUGAAGCUGUUUUAACACACCCAAUUAAAAUAGGAAAUGAAGAACAAACAAUUGGAUCAAUCGCUGGGGGAGGGAGAUAUGAUAAUCUUGUUGGCAUGUUCGACUCAAAGAAUAAACAGGUGCCCUGUGUGGGGGUUAGUAUCGGUGUGGAGCGUGUUUUCUCUGUUCUGGAGGCGAAGCUAGCUGCCGGAGACAUUAGCGUACGAACCAGCGAUGUUGAUGUCUAUGUGGCGUCCGCGCAGAAAAACUUUCUCGAUGAGAGACUGCGUAUCUGCGCCGAGCUAUGGAACGCCGGAAUCAAGACCGAGCAAUCCUACAAAAAGAAUCCUAAGAUGCUAAAUCAGCUACAACACUGUGAAGAAAAUGGUAUACCAUUAGCAGUAAUCCUCGGCGAGUCGGAACUGAAACGUGGUAUUGUUAAAAUUCGAAACAUUAAAACGAGACAAGAGGAAGAAGUCCCUAGAGACAACUUAGUACAAGAACUUCAGUCAAGAAUUGAAGUAUUAGACAUAAAAGACAUGAACGGACCUCUACCAAAAUAAUAUUUACUUGUAAACAAUUUUUUAUUUUAAUAAAUUAAUAUUUGUACAAAUAUUUUAAAAGUGAGGAUCUUUCAAAAUUAAUUUUUUCAAUCUGUCUCGAAAUUUGUUUAACCUAAAUAUUUGUUCUUGCUUUGUUUUUGUCAGUACUUACUAACUUAUUUAUUUGAUAAUGUCUGGAAUAGUUCGAGCGUGUUUAGGUAUGUUGUAAGUAUUUGUGAAUUGUGUUAUACUUCGUAUAUGAUACAUGGUUGAGUUAAGUAAGUUUAAUUAUUUUCUUGUCUUUAUCAAAUCCUUUUUAACAAUGUUUCGUUCAAACAUUUUGGUCGUAAAUAAUAUGAUAGCAAUACAUGACUAUGUUACAAUUCUAUUUUAUUUAUAUGCGCAUUUAUAAUGAAGCUUUUGUUGAA